AUGUACGACCAUUCGCAGCGACGAACUGAGCGCAGAAUGGGGAGUUUUGCUGCCCGAUUGUCAAAGGCGCUGGCAGAAGAGUCCUCGAUAGACUCUGAGUCUUCUGACCGCCCCGAGGACGAUGAACCUCACGAUGAAGCACAUGAUCCCGUCAAGAAGAGACAAGCUGCGAGCGAGAAAGACUCUCUCAAGAGAUGUCCCCAGGCGCACGCGAAUGCGGCCAACCAGCCAAUUCGGCGAGUGAGAGGUUUCGAGAAGAUGAAGACUGCGCACGGAGGAAAAUCGAAUACUUGGAAGGGGAAGUCGAAGCUCUCAAAAGAAGGUGCAGGUUCUUAUGAAAAAGUGGGAUUUCGUGGAACCAUUUUUGGAAGCGCAGUGCAAGGCAGAGGGGGUGUCCACCCCCAAAAGAAUCCCAGUCGUCAAUAG